AGGACAGGGGAGUCCACGCCGCAGGCGCCGCUGCGCUCGAAAUCCCCAAUCCCACCCCCAGCGCCGCCAUCCCACCCAAUUCCCCAGGCGAUCGGAUCAGAUCAGAUCAGAUCCCACAUCAGGGAGGGGAUCCAAUCCACCACGCACGCACGUCGGAUCAGAUCCCCCCCCCACCCACCCACCUCUCCGAUCCCCAUCCCCAUGGCGAUCGUGUACGCGCUGGUGGCGCGCGGCACCGUCGUGCUGGCUGAGUUCGCCGCCGUCUCGGGCAACGCCGGCGCCGUCGCCCGCCGCAUCCUCGAGAAGCUGCCGCCCGACGCCGAGUCCCGCCUCUGCUUCGCGCAGGACCGCUACAUCUUCCACGUCCUCCGCGCCGACGCCGGCAUCACCUUCCUCUGCAUGGCCAACGACACCUUCGGAAGGAGGAUCCCCUUUCUCUACCUGGAGGAUAUCCAGAUGAGAUUCAUGAAGAACUAUGGCAGAGUCGCGCACUCCGCGCUGGCCUACGCCAUGAACGAUGAGUUCUCCAGGGUCCUACACCAGCAAAUGGAGUUCUUCUCCAGCAACCCAAGCGCCGAUACGCUCAACCGGCUCCGGGGAGAAGUCAGCGAGAUACACACUGUCAUGGUCGACAACAUAGAGAAAAUUCUAGACAGAGGUGACCGCAUCUCACUCCUCGUCGACAAGACAUCCACCAUGCAAGACAGCGCUUUCCACUUCCGCAAGCAAUCCAAGAGGCUCCGCAGAGCCCUUUGGAUGAAGAAUGCCAAGCUUCUAGCUGUGUUGACGGUUGCCAUAGUAGUGCUACUCUACUUGCUCAUUUCUGCUUUCUGUGGAGGCCUUUCCCUACCAUCAUGCAGAUCAUGAUGAUGGCUGUCCCUCAUUUGGAGCAUACAAUUCCACCGGUGAUGCCCGCCAUGUUGAGCACCUGAGCUUCCGGAGCCAUAACGGAUGCUUCAAGAAGCAGACUUGCAAUAUGGUUUCCAGUUAGAGGGAGUUUGUUUUUUUGCCGGCAUGUGCUUUUUGAAGUGCUUCCUGCACAAACGGGUUGGGAAUGUACAGUAUGUGAAAAGUUGUUUCAAGGAGUGGAGUUGCCCUCUGCUGUGCUCGUCUCUUUCCUGAUGUGGCUGAAUCUGAUGUCCUGGAUUGUGCUUGUGGGUUUGGGGUCUAGCGCUACCUGCUAUCUAUAUAUAUUACAUGUGUACUCUGCAGGGAAUUAAUACAUAUGAAUAUGGAUGGUACCUCGCUGUUAUUGUUUGGUGUUU